UUCUGAACGGCGGAGCAUCAGCUCACUCCUCUCCCCCCGAAAAUGUCGAACUCCGACGACCAAACCCCGGGCUCUGAAUCUCCUCAGCAAAGCCCAGAUCGGCACAGCGACCAAGCUCGAGAUCAGCAAUGGGAGGCCGCCGUUCGAUCCUGGCUCUCGGCGCUGCCCGAGGGGCGCGCCUUGUCCGCGGCCGAGGUCGAGGCUUGGGUCGCCUCGAACCACGCCUCUCUACCGGAGGAUCUCAGAUCGUUGCCGCCGUCGCAGCUCUGCGAUCGCUUCCUUUCGAUUCAAGAUUCUAUGGGACUGCUCAAUCAGAUUUGAUCUCAAAUGGACAGUCGAAGCCCCGAGUCUUAGCAACUACGUGGGAGAGCCUCAAAUUUAGCACUCGAGCAACUCUUUUGACAAUAUUAGAAACAGAUACUAAUCAAGCCGAUUUUUCACAUGCGCGUUUUCAACGCACUGAUCAAUGGAUUCCAGUUUAUUCUUGGUUAGAAUCAUUGGAUAAAGAUGAGGUUGUUAAAUCUAAAGAAAUUUCUGACUGGCUGUCUGACAACCCGAAGAUCAGAGAACAGUUAUGCUUGAGACAUUCUCGUUAUCAUUUGAUGCAUUAUAUUAAAAAAUGCCAUCUUAAAAUACUGAAGAGAAGAGAUAAGAAGAAGGAGCCGCAACACUCCAACAAAACUACCCCUGUAAAGGUUCAGAAACCUGGUGUGGUCAAACAACCAGUUAUUCAGCCAUGCAAUGCUGUCAACAACCUUCCCAAAGAUAGUGACAUUUAUCUUGCGAAACGUAAUGAAGCUUUACACAAAUAUGAGAUUUUGGUGGAGUUGGAGGAGCAGCUUUCUACCAUAUUCGCAAAGCAGUAAAUAUGACAGUUCAAAGGUGUUGAAAUUUCAGAAGACCACUCGAAUACAUGUUGUUGAACUGUGAACUGCAGAGCCCUGCUCCUGUACAUAGACAAACUGUCACAGGCUCUCUCUCUCUCUCUCUCUCUCUCUUUCUCUCUCUCUCACACACACACACAUGCACGCACACAGAGUAACUGAUGAAUUUCAUGCAGUGAUAUUAUUGUUAUCCCUUUUCCUUCA